AUGUCUACCGACGGACCUUUCUCCCACUAUCAUGCUGCUUCUUCUGCUGAAGCCAUUGAGUCCGAGAAGGAAUAUGCUGCCCAUAACUACCACCCUCUUCCUGUUGUCUUUGCACGGGCUCAGGGCACUUCGGUCUGGGACCCCGAAGGUCGUCACUAUCUUGACUUCCUCUCCGCCUACUCCGCUGUGAACCAAGGCCACUGCCACCCCAAAUUGAUUGCUGCACUGGUAGACCAAGCUUCGCGUGUAACUCUGAGCUCCCGUGCAUUCUACAAUGAUGUUUUCCCUCGCUUUGCCAAGUUCGUUACCGCGUACUUUGGCUUUGACAUGGUGAUGCCCAUGAACACCGGUGCCGAGGCGGUCGAGACUGGUAUCAAAAUCGCCCGCAAAUGGGGGUACAAGGUCAAGGGCAUUCCAGAAAAUAAAGCCAUUGUCUUGAGUGCAGAAAAUAACUUCCAUGGGCGUACGUUCGCCGCCAUUUCCCUAUCUUCCGACCCCGAGUCACGGGAACACUACGGUCCUUAUCUUCCCGGUAUCGGAUGCACGAUCCCAGGAACUGAGAAGCCCAUCGCCUACAAUGACAAGGCAGCUCUACGUGAGGCGUUUGAGGCGGCAGGCCCCAACCUGGCUGCUUUCCUCAUCGAGCCUAUCCAGGGCGAAGCAGGCAUCGUUGUCCCUGACCCAGACUAUCUAAAGGAGGCCCGAGCACUCUGCGACAAGCACAACGUGCUGCUGAUCUGCGACGAGAUCCAAACUGGCAUUGCGCGCACAGGUAAGCUGUUGUGUCACGAGUGGAGCGGAAUCAAGCCCGACCUUGUCUUGCUCGGUAAGGCUAUCUCGGGUGGUAUGUACCCAGUUUCUUGCGUGCUGGGUAGCAAGGACGUCAUGCUCACGGUCGAGCCUGGUACCCAUGGUUCGACCUACGGCGGGAACCCACUGGGUUGUGCUGUUGCUAUUCGCGCGCUCGAGGUCGUGCGCGAGGAGCACAUGGUCGAGCGUGCGGAGAAACUCGGACAUUUGUUCCGAGAUGGGCUAGUGGCUCUCAAGAGCCCGCUCAUCCAGACAGUGCGUGGAAAGGGCUUGCUCAAUGCCAUUGUCAUUGAUGAGUCGAAGACGAAUGGACAUACCGCUUGGGAUUUGUGCAUGUUGAUGAAAGAGAAGGGUUUGUUGGCCAAACCAACCCACCAGAACAUCAUUCGCCUUGCUCCUCCGCUAGUCAUCACGGAGGAGGAGAUCCAACAAGCGCUUAACAUCAUCAAGGAGGCUGUGACAGAACUCCCCAAUCCCAAGGGUGCAUCGGAGGAUCAAGUCAUCCCUCCCCCGAGAAGAAGGUCAAGAUUGACCUUGAGAACUAGCCGCAUCUAUCAAGGGCGGGAAGUCCGUAGGUCCACAUAUCGCCGCUGCAAUCCCGGAUGA